GAGAAGAUUAGUAGCUAAUGUAAAAAGGCAGUGUCGUGAUGAAAAUUUCAUGUAUAUCGAUUAUUUAGAAGAAAAGAAGCUUCUAGAUUGUAUUGCAUUUGCUAUCUCUUCAGAAGUAGAUUGAUAAGAAGAAGAAAAAAAAAAAGAAUGGGUAUCGAGAGCGUUUUAACUGGAGGCCUGACCUCGGCAUCCAGCGGACUUUCAUGGUUCUUUCCGGUGCUCGCUGCAGCCCUCGUUUAUUUCGAGUACGAAGUGAUGGACAACGAGGCACCACCGAUUAAUAUACCCUCUGAAGUGCUCUUGCCUGCUUAUGACUUUAUCGUGGUGGGAGCUGGUUCAGCAGGAGCUGUAGUGGCAAGUCGCCUGUCUGAGAUAGAAAAUUGGAACGUGCUUCUUCUGGAGGCUGGCGGCGACGAAACGGAAAUCUCUGAUAUUCCUCUGCUUGCCGGAUAUCUACAGCUUAGCCAACUCGAUUGGCAAUACAAAACUGAACCUGAUGGACAGUCCUGUCUAGCGAUGAGCAACGGCCGCUGCAACUGGCCACGUGGGAAAGUAAUAGGAGGGAGCAGCGUGCUCAACUACAUGCUCUACCUUCGCGGCAACAAGAAGGACUACGACAUAUGGGAGAGUCAAGGGAACCGGGGAUGGUCCUUCAAGGACGUGCUCUACUACUUCAAGAAAUCUGAGGACAAUCAAAACCCUUACCUGACCAGAACACCCUACCACGCAACAGGAGGUUACCUGACUGUCCAAGAGGCGCCUUGGCACACUCCGUUGGCAACUGCCUUCAUCCAAGCCGGCCAAGAGAUGGGAUACGAGAACAGGGACAUCAAUGGGGAGCAGCACACCGGUUUUAUGAUCGCCCAGGGAACGAUCAGACGUGGGAGUCGAUGCUCCACGGCGAAGGCAUUCCUCAGGCCUGCAAGGCUUCGCAAGAACUUGCACAUCGCCAUGCAAUCGCACGUGACGAAAAUCCUGAUAGAUCCAAAGUCCAAGAGGGCGUACGGGGUGGAGUUCGUCAGGGAUCAGAAGAUGUUCCGUAUCCGUGCGAAGAAGGAAGUGAUAGUUUCAGGUGGUUCCAUCAAUUCCCCCCAAUUGCUCAUGUUGUCGGGCGUCGGGCCCAGGGAGCACUUGUCCAAGCACGGUAUACCGGUUGUCCAGGAUUUAAGAGUCGGAUACAAUAUGCAAGAUCACGUGGGUUUGGGAGGGCUCACGUUCCUAGUCGACAAGGAGAUCUCUAUGGUGGAGAAGAGGUUGCACACAGUGCAAACGGUGAUGCAAUACGCGAUAUUUGGGAACGGGCCCCUGACAGUGCUCGGCGGUGUGGAGGGUCUGGCUUUCGUCAACACCAAGUACGUGAACGCCUCUGACGAUUUCCCGGACAUAGAGCUUCAUUUCGUGUCCGGCUCGACCAACUCUGACGGCGGUAGACAGAUCAGGAAGAUUCACGGGUUGACGAAGAAGUUCUACGACGCUGUUUACGGGGCCCUCAACGACAUGGACGUGUGGAGCGUGAUACCCAUGCUUUUAAGGCCUAAAAGCAAAGGUGUUAUCAAGUUGCGCAGCAAGGAUCCCUUCGCCCAUCCGUUGAUAUAUCCUAAUUACUUCAAGGAGCCGGAGGAUAUAGCCACGCUUGUCGAAGGUGUUAAGAUAGCCGUCGCUUUGAGCAGGACCCAGGCCUUCAGACGUUUUGGGAGCGAGGUGAAUUCGAAACAUUUUCCAGGCUGCAAGAAUAUCCCUAUGUACAGUGACCCGUAUUGGGAGUGCAUGAUCAGGCAUUACACGGUCACUGUUUACCAUCCCGUGGGCACGUGCAAGAUGGGCCCUUAUUGGGACCCGGAGGCUGUCGUCGAUCCCGAGCUCAGGGUUUACGGAAUCAACGGGUUGAGGGUGAUCGACGCCUCCAUCAUGCCGAAUUUAGUCAGUGGGAAUACGAAUGCACCUGUUAUCAUGAUCGGGGAGAAGGGAUCCGAUAUGAUAAAGGAGUUUUGGUUGAAGAGAAGGAGUAGGAGAACUGUGUAGCUGGUUUUGCGAAGUAAUUUCGACCCUCUGUGUAUAUAUGAAUAUAUGAAUAUAGUUGUUUGUAAAUUGAUCGAUUGUAAAUAUUGAUUGGACGAUUAUAUUUUUAAUAUAAUUUAAGACACGAUGAAUUUGUAAAAAAA